UCCUGUGUAGUUCUCAUCUGCAGCCUGGACACAGGUUUAAAAAUGUCUUGGAUGCGCCCUGCCUUGCUCACCUGUCUGGCUCUGCUCUUCGUCUUCACCUUGUUUUACGAGGUUGGCGCUGCAACUGCAGCUGAUAGUAAAGCGCAUAAGAAAGCAUCAGGCCUACAAGGUGGGCUAAGAAGAAUUUUUAUGGAAGAGAGAGAUGCAACAAGCUUUUUUAAGCGCCGUGGUAGAAGAGCGGUGAAAUCACAAGACGAACUCAACGUUGAGCAGCAACAAAGACUGGCAGCUGAUGAAAGGAAGAGAGAAUUUCAUGAUGAGCAGAGGAAUAGGUUUGAAAAUUAUGCAGAGGAAGAGCAUAAUGAGCAGGAUGAGAGGACCCAGGAGAGUACAGAGCAGUGGAGGGAGUUUCACCAUGAUGGUCUUGACCCUUCUUAUGAGUACAACCGGCACGUAGUGUAAAGAUGUCUAAAGGAUGUCUAAAUGUGUAAAAAUGCCACCAUCGGUAUGGACUCAUAGGUUCAGGUCCAUUUUAGUAGGGCUUCUGGGAAAGCACAUGAUGAAAGCUCGGUUGGACAAAAACUCCGAGGUACACAUUACAUAUGGUGCGGAUGCAGGUAGAAGAAAAGUAGAAAAAAAGGUUACAGCAUCACCUAAAUGGCCCAUUGCUUAUUAUUAAUGGGCAGAUUCAAUAUUUAAGCUUCAUUAUUCGAAUGGCUUUACAUAAAUAAAUAACAGUACUAUAUACACAGCCUUAUUUUCAGAUAUUUUUGAAAUAUUUGAAAGAUCUAUGCAAUGCAUGUAGCUGUGCAUGCUACAUGAUCACCCAGCUAUAAUGUUAUGCAAUAUCACUAGAUUAGAUUGAUAACUUCAUUAUUCUCUUGCUAAGCAUGUAACAUUUAAUGACUAUAAAAUUCAAUAUAUUUGAAUAUUAUAAUAGAAACUAUAUUAUUCAAUAUUUAUCUGCCAUCACAUUACAAAGCAAACCCGUUUAUGUGAAAAACCUUUAUUUGUACAUGGGAUCAUAUACGAUACGAUAUAAAUGUAACGUUAAUGUGGAGUUUUCUUUACGCUUUUAGAUGAGCCACAUCUAUUAAAUAAACGCAAUAUCAAAUUCUAA